CAGUUCCGAGUCAAGUCAGUCUCAUUGAGCGUGGACGGUUGCUAAGCGACUUCAUCGUUGAGGAUAGGAGAUUCGGAUUUCUUUGAGAGAACUUUGUGCACAGUGGAUAGAUGCUUAUUGAUCUUUGAAGAAGAGCAACACCAACACUGGUACUGAGAAAAGCUGAGACAGACAUGAACUCAUCCUUCUUUGACGUGGAUAGCGGCGAUGUUUCUCGCUCGGGUCGGGUUCGGAAACGCUCCAGCAAGCUGGCCGACUACGAUCCGACGGACGACCUGGACGUGAAGCCUUCCCGCAAGGAGCGCCGCGACAGCGGACAGUAUAGCAAACGCAAGACCAAGGUGAUGGUCACUCCGACCGCUCCGGACAUGAAGGCCGAGCCUCACGACGAUCUCGGCUCGGAGGACGAGCUCCAGGGUUACGAGGUGGACGGGUACGACACCUCCGGCGGCGCGGCCGCGUACGACGGCGGCGUGCCGUACGAGACCGGGGACACGUCGUACGGUACGGCAGCGGACGGCUCGUACGACCCGGCCGCCGUCGGUGUGGCCGACAACGUCGAGGUCAAGACCGAGAGCGACGAGGACGACGACUUCUCCAACCUGAUCAUGGUGGCCAACGAUGACGACGAGGAGGGCUUUAACGACGACGACGCUGAGGGAGACGGUGAUCCGGAUCGGGGCCAGCUCUCUGACGAGGACCAGGACCCGCUCGUGAUCGAUGAGGCGCCCGCGCGCGGCUCGGCGUCGCGUCGCGGUAAGGGCGCCAAGAUGGCCACCAAACAGGCCCAGCGCGGGAAGCCGGGGCCACGUCCGAAGAACGUCAGCAAGAUGUGGAGGCAGCAGCGGAUGAUCAGGAAGGACAAGGGGCAACCGCGUAUCUCCGCCUACCUGCUGUGGGCGCGAGAGGUCCGUGAUUUCGUGGCGCAAGCCAACCCGGACAUGGACUUCUCUCAGAUCAACAAACGGCUCGGCGCCAUGUGGAACACCCUGCCGGACGCCAAGAAAUAUAACUUCAAACGACGCGCUCAGAGAAUUAACGGCCGCCACAAUGUCCUGGAGGCCUCGGGCUCCUCCGCCAAGAUGAAGUCCACCGGCAAGGGCCCCAAGGGGCGGCCUUCCAAGAAGGCUUUGGAGGGCGCCGCGGAGGCUGCCACAUCCGAGAUGGGCGGCAAACACCCCAGCAUGCCGCCCCCGUCGAUGAGUGAGGCGACGUCUCUGGUGAACCCCACCAACUACCGGGUGUGUACGACACAGCCCAUCGACCUGGCCGCUCACAUGGUGCUUCUCGGCGAGUCGCUGGGAGUCAUCGGACAGAAGCUGCGCGACCACGACGGCCAGAUCGCCGUGUCGGGCAGCCUCUCCGUGCUUCUCGACUCGCUACUGUGCGCCCUGGUGCCACUGGUGGCGCUCACCAAACAGGUCCCCGAGCUGGAUGGGUGUGACGACCGGGAUCUCAUCAAGACGCUCGACAACAUCGCCUAUUUCAUGCCAGGGCUGUAGGGUGGCGGUUACUUCGUGCCGGGGCUGUAGGACACUGCGUUGUAGGCUUGUGAAUACUGAUGAUCACGGGAUUGAAAUGUCAGUCAACUGCCUGUCUCGGCGAGAGCGGCCAUUUGUGCGGUGGCAUGAAGCGAUGUUUCGGUGGCAUGCUGUAGAUACCUGAGCGCGUUUGCAGUGCUCCGGUGGACAGUCGCGUUAACACGUACACUGCUAGCCUCUAGCUAAGUACAGAAAUGUGGAUUACGCUGUGUAGCAGCCCAGCACUGAGCGGCAGAAGAAGACCGUGUGGACGGUUAGUUCUGCCACCAUCUGUGCUGGCAAUGACUGAGAAAACAUAGUCGUGUAAAUAGUUGUCAUAGUGCGGAAGUCAGGAGAAUAAUGGUGACUAGUUUAGGCGACAUGAUUUUAUCUCAUCACCAAUCGAUCACAACCUUCGUGAGUCUGUUAAGCUUUUUUUUUAUUCCGCUUGUCGCGGCUUGGCUGCGAAAGCUGUACAAACUAAAACGUAGCCGCGUGAGUGGAGAAUUGCUCAUCAUUUGGUUGGAUGUGACGUGUGCGCACGACGUUCAUCGUUAAAUAUAUUUCAUCUUCACCAGUUA